AUGCAGGGUCAGGGACGCGUGAACCAGCUGGGUGGCGUGUUCAUCAACGGCCGGCCGCUGCCCAACCACAUUCGGCUCAAGAUCGUCGAAAUGGCCGCUGCCGGGGUCAGGCCUUGCAUGAUCUCCAGGCAACUCAGGGUGUCACACGGGUGCGUCUCCAAGAUACUCAACCGUUACCAGGAAACGGGGAGCAUCCGUCCCGGGGUGAUAGGCGGCAGCAAGCCCCGUGUGGCGACCCCCGACGUCGAGCAGAGGAUCGAGCAGUACAAGAAGGAAAACCCGAGCAUCUUCUCGUGGGAGAUCCGCGACAGGCUCAUCAAGGACGGCGUGUGCGACAAGACUUCGGCGCCCAGUGUGAGCUCCAUCAGCCGUGUGCUGCGGGGAAGCCGAUACACCGGCAGCCCGGACGACUCGCCGCAACGUGGCGGCAGUGACGGCGAAUGCGCCAAGAAGGCCGACCACAGCAUCGACGGCAUCCUCGGAGGUCGGCUCAGCGGUCUGGACGACGACUCCGACUGCGACUCGGAGCCGGGCCUGCUGCUCAAGCGCAAGACGCGCCGUUCGCGCACCACCUUCACCUCCGAACAGCUGGACGCCCUGGAGCGGGCCUUCGAGCGCACCCAGUACCCGGACGUGUACACGCGCGAGGAGCUCGCGCAGAGGACCAAGCUCACGGAGAACAGAGUUCAGGUAUGGUUCAGCAACCGACGCGCCCGCUGGCGCAAACAGGUGGGCAGCCAACCCGCAGGCGCCGCGUUCAGCAGCCAGCUGCUACAGGGCUACGCCCAGGCUGCAGCCGCUGCUCCAGUUGUCAGCGCAGCAGCGACGACGCACCAUCACCCGCAUCUGGACUCCGGCAUGGCCUCUGCGGGGCUCCAGCACCACGACACCGCAGCAUGGCACCGCUCGCAUCAGUCUCUGGCACCGUCGAACACUGUGUUGCAGCCAGGGUACGGCUCGUACGCGACAGAGUCCUGCAUCAACGGAGACCCUUUGCCUCAACAGGUGUAUGGCCUGCUCGCCGGCAACGGAAGCGGAACUGCGGGAGGCCCGUCCUCGCUGAGCGUGCCGGAUUUCCACAUACCGGCUCUGAGUGCGGCCAACGACAUGGCCGCCUGGUCACCCAGUCUCGUCAGCUCGGCAGCAGCGCUGUCCGCCAGGGCCGACGCGCCGGCCGCCACCAGCGUCUUCGGACACCACGGGGCGUUCGGAGCUGCGGCCGCGUCGGACAACUUCGGUGGGAUGAUUGGAAACACAGAAGGGUUUAUUUCAAGCACAUUCAACAACCUCAACAGCUCUCACAGUGCUAUGGGAAUGGAUGUGAAGCCAACAUUUCCAUACGGAAGUCAGUUUGCUGCUGGAGCAAGUGCCAAUCAGAUGUGCAAGGAAUUCGACAUGCCAGCCACGGCUCUAGCAAGUCUGCGACAGAGGUCUCGGGAACAUGCCGUUGCACUAGGAUUUCUCUAAAACUAUGUGCUUCAGCUCUGCUCAUUUAGGAACAUAAAUGUCACUCAUGUACAAAGGCAUACAUUUCCACACAUCCACACUCAAAAACUCAUUUGUUUGUUGUGCAUGUUUGUACUUUUCGUUUUAAAAAAAUGAAAUUAUGGGGCUUUACGUGCCAAAACCACUUUCCGAUUAUGAGGCACGCCGUAGUGGGGGACUCCGGAAAUUUCAACCACCUGGGGUUCUUUAGCAUGCACCUAAAUCUAAGUACAUGGGUGUUUUCGCAUUAUGCGUUUUCUUCAUCUUCCAAAUAGUACAGUGCACUCUAUGUAUGACUGUGUUGCAUGAAAAGACAAUCUUGUAAAGAGGCCGUGCAACGCUUUUUAAAUGUGGUAAAUAAACUUGCUUGGUCACUGGGCAAAAUUGUCAAGAACAUAUGUGCCAAAUAGUUUUAUGAAAGCUUCACAUAUUAUUUUAACUUCAUUUUGCUCAUACGUGUAUGUCACCUGCUGCGUUCAUCCAUUAACAUGUACAGUACUGUUUUG